AUGCAGCACGAUGACUACAAAGAGAAUUUUUCUCAGCAGCUACAAGAUAUCGUUCUAAGCUGUAACAAACUCUCAAUGGAACAUUUAAGACAAAACAACUAUAAAGCAGCCCUUCAUAUGCUGAGAAGAGCCCAGGACAUAUUAAAUUGUCCUCAAACGUCAAUGGCCAAGGCAAAGCUUGAAGCAAUCACUUAUAAUAAUCUUGGCUGCUUUUACAAAAAGACUGGAAAACUUAAUCUUGCACUCCAAUACUUGCAGAAAGCAUUAGAUCUAGAAUCGCAUUCAUCUAUAGAUAAUUCCAAUUUAGCAGGAACCCAUCUUACUCCCUCUUUUUGAGCGAGCAAAACAUUUAGCUUGCUCAGAGAAUUAUUUUAAUAUUAUUUAUAUGAAAAUUUUACUUUAAAAAAUCCCAAUUGGAAGUAAAAAUUAAUUUAAUUUAUAAAUUUUGUGUUUUUAAGAUGUAAGGUAUUUAAAAAUUUAAUAGAAUUAGCUAGACAUUACAUUAUAAGAUUUAUCACUUAUAUCGAAGUAGAUUUUUAUAAAAAUCUUCUUCUGGUCGCUCACAGAAGAGAACUUUUCAAUAUUUACUCGUUCAUGGAGGAGGUGAUUUAAUAUUUGUGCCAUCAGAUCAAGCCUCCAGCAGCAUAAACAAGCAAUAAAAAACGCAUGCAAAGCUAUAGAGCUGCUUCUUGAAGCAGAAAAAACAGAAAAAACCAAGAACGUUUCCGCCACAUUAGCAAUUGCUUAUCAUAACGCUGGAGUUGAAUAUGAAAUUCUUGGUCUUCAUCAAGAAGCUUUGGACUGCUUUAGAAAUGGCUUAACUAAAUCCCAGAAAUCAAUGGGUCAGGAUCACCCUAUAUCUAUAGCUUUAUACAAAAACUUCUCAGCUUUGCAAGGAAUGAUUGAGAGUUCUCCUGACGGCCACAAAAUAUACAAAUUUGAACGAGUAAACACGAUGGAUGGUACCAAAUAUUCUCAUAAGAGAUCAUUUUCUAACAUUUCUCGGCGUUCACAGCGUUCUGAAAAGUCGUUUCCAUCAAUGCAGAAGCCAUCAAGAUCUCCUUCGAGAGAAAUAAAAAGCAGAGAAAAAAUGCCGCCAAGGUCUAGCUCCAAUUUCCGAUCGUCUCGAGCAAGGUUUAUGACCAAUUACGAUAUCGAUGAGUCAAUUGCAAAAUUUAAACCAGUUUCCUAUAACUUAGGACCAUCAAUUCCAGAAGUAAACAGAAAUGUUAGUGAAGAAUCAGCAUAUAUAAAUAGACGAAAACAUAGAGAAGCUAGUUCUCCAGUUUCUACUGGUUUAUUGCAAAAUAAUGCAAAGCCCCCAUUAAGCUUUAGAAAAACCCAUUUAAGACAGCCAAGCCGAAAUGAAGACUCCAGCUUUAAUUUGGAAGAAAAAGUAAUGUCUCUAGAAAAACAGCUAAAAUCAAUAGAAGGGAAAUAUGACGAGCUAUAUAAAACAAAAGUUGACCGCAGAAAUAUCUCUCCUAUAAAAACCAUUUUCCAGAGGAAACCAAUAAGAGGAAUCCAUAGCCAAGCUAUUCAUGACAAUUUGCUUCAUAGGAAUAAAUGUGCAGCAGUUAUUCAAAAAUGCUGGAGAGAGUAUAAACAGAAAAAAGAGUCUAAACUAAAGAAAAGAAGAAUGUCUGAAAUAAAAGCUGAAGCUGCAAUUAAAGAAUUAGCGCUUCUGAAACAGAAAAUAUUGGAGGAAGAUAAACUAUUUGAAGAAAAAACUGCUAGCACUUGUAGCCAGAGGCAGAUUGCUGAAGAAAGGAAAAUAAUGCCAGAUGCAAAAUCAAUGAUAAGUUUAGCAAAAGAUAAGAAUGAAAUAGAGAAAAACAUUAAUCACAGUGAGAAGUUCUUAAAAAAACAAAAUAAAUUGAUAAAACCUGAAACUGAUAGCCAGCAUAGCAAUAUUCCAGAAAAUAGAAACCAAUCAGAAAAUGAUAAAUCUUUAGUACCAUCUAAUGAAAACACCGAAUUAACAGCAAAAAAUGAUAACGAAAAUCAUAACAGUCCUUUAUUACCAAAUCCAGACCAGAGCGCUAAAAAACUUCAAGCUUUAUACAGAAUGUAUGUAGCUCGCAAAAAAUUCCAAAAAAUAAAAAACUCUGCUAUUAAAAUCCAAAAUUUUAUAAAAUCCAGACAAAUUAAAGACCUGUAUGAAAUCAUACGAAGUGCUAUUAUAUUUAUCCAAGCAAAUUGGAGAGGAUACCAUAUAAGAAAAAGUUUUAAAAGAAAAUAA